UAAAGAAGUUAACUUCAAUAGACAGAUUUUCAUCUAAGGAUCUAAUUGCUAAACAAUUGAAAAUUUAAGGACUGGAGAAGACAACAUUUUAUCUUGUCUUCAAAGAGAGAAAAGAAGUUCCUCUUGCAGUACUCUUCCCGGCCUCCGCUCCUUCCAUCGCCGUGCCAUUCCGCUCGGAGCCGCCGUCGCUGCUUCUUCCACCGCUGCCUUCUUUCCUUCCGCUGCAAUCGAGGCAACCUGUUCGACUAAUUGCUUGACUGAGUUGAAUGAUUAAUUCUUCAAUUCCACCGUUCAAAGCACUGAAAUUUCCAGUUACAAAUAAAGGAGGAUAUAACCAGUUGAAAUGUAAAGCGGCGGGGGCGUCGUCGUCGUCAACUAUGGAGCUGACAAUCACGCGUCCCGACGAUUGGCACCUUCAUCUUCGCGAUGGGGAGCUUCUAGAAGCUGUUGUGCCUCACAGUGCAAGUCAUUUUGGAAGGGCAAUUGUAAUGCCGAAUUUGAAACCACCAAUUACCACUACAGCUGCUGCUGUGGCUUAUAGGGAAUCCAUAUUGAAAGCAUUGCCUACUGAUAGCAACUUUAAUCCACUUAUGACUCUUUAUUUGACUGAUACCACAAGCUCGAAUGAGAUUAAGCUCGCAAGAAAUAGUGGAGUUGUUUUUGCUGUAAAGUUGUAUCCAGCUGGUGCAACAACAAACUCUCAAGAUGGCGUCACUGAUCUUUUUGGGAAGUGUCUUCCUGUACUUGAAGAGAUGAUUGAACAAAACAUGCCGCUGCUGGUUCAUGGGGAAGUUACUGAUUCUAGUGUUGAUAUAUUUGAUCGUGAAAAGGUUUUCAUUGACACUAUUCUGCAGCCCUUAAUCCAAAGGCUUCCUCGACUUAAGGUAGUAAUGGAGCACAUCACUACAAUGGAUGCCGUUAAAUUUGUUCAGUCUUGUGAUGAAGGAUCAGUGGCAGCAACUGUUACUCCUCAGCAUCUUAUUCUCAAUCGAAAUGCCAUUUUUCAAGGAGGAUUACAACCGCAUAAUUAUUGUCUUCCAGUACUUAAAAGGGAAACACACAGACAAGCAAUUGUUUCAGCCGUAACUAGCGGAAGCAAAAGAUUUUUCCUUGGUUCUGAUAGUGCUCCUCAUGAAAGAAAGAGAAAGGAAACUUCUUGUGGAUGUGCUGGAAUUUAUAAUGCCCCUGUUGCUCUGUCAUUAUAUGCUAAGGUUUUCGAAGAGGCUGGUGCACUUGAUAAGCUAGAGGCAUUUACAAGCUUAAAUGGACCAGACUUCUAUGGACUUCCAAGGAACACUUCAAAGAUCAAAUUGAUCAAGAGCCGAUGGGAAGUGCCCGAGUCUUUUACAUUUUCAUUUGGAGAAAUCAUUCCAAUGGCUGCAGGUGAAACGCUUGAAUGGCAACCUUCGCCGGCCUGAUUAAAUUUUUGUUUUUCUUCUCUGUUAAAUUUUAACUAUCAUUGCUGAAUAAAAGUGCUGGGCAGAUUUUGUGCCUGUUUAGUUUAA